GAGCUCAUGAAUUCUUGUGAGCACAAGCACAGGGGGGGCGAUGCCUAUUUAAAGAGGGACGGGGAUCGGACAACAACGUUGAAGUGUUUAGUAACCGACUUAAAAUAUACAUAAUCAGGCGUUAUAUUGCUAUCUUUGUUUAAACGAGCAGUGUUUUGUUGUAACGAGUUUGCUGUGAGCGCCUGGCAAGCGUAUUUUCCUCCGUGAAUGAUUCUCGGACGCAUACAGUAAAAUGGGAAAGGAUUAUUACAGAAUAUUGGGGAUUCAAAAGGGGGCGACGGACGAGGACAUUAAAAAGGCUUAUAGAAAACAGGCACUGAAAUGGCACCCUGAUAAAAACAAGGCAGCCAACGCAGAAGAGAAAUUCAAGGAAAUCGCCGAGGCAUACGACGUUCUCAGCGACUCUAAAAAGAGGGACAUAUAUGACCAAUUUGGAGAAGAAGGUCUUAAAGGUGGUUCAGGAGGUGGAGGGCACACUGACGGACAAGGGGGCAGUUAUACCUACACAUUCCACGGAGACCCACAUGCUACCUUUGCCGCCUUCUUUGGGGGCUCAAACCCCUUUGAGAUGUUCUUUGGCCGAAAGGCAGCCAAUGGACGGGAUGAGGAGGACAUGGACAUGGAAGGGGACCCCUUCGGCUCCUUCACCAGCUUCAACCUUAACAGCUUCCCGCGAGAACGCCACAUGGGGGUGGGGCAGCAACUUCAACGCAAACAGGACCCAGCCAUCCAUCACGAACUGCGGGUCUCCCUGGAGGAGAUCUUCCAUGGCUGCACGAAGAGGAUGAAGAUUUCCCGGAAGCGGCUAAACCCGGAUGGGCGGACCACGCGCAUGGAGGACAAGAUCCUCACCAUCGAGAUCAAGCGGGGCUGGAAGGAGGGCACCAAGAUCACCUUCCCACGCGAGGGUGACGAAUCUCCCAACAACAUCCCUGCUGACAUUGUUUUUGUCAUUAAGGACAAGCCCCAUGCAAACUUCCGGAGAGAAGGAUCUAACAUUGUGUACCCUGUUCGGAUCAGUCUACGACAGUCUUUGUGUGGAUGUUCAGUCACUGUGUCGACAAUAGAUGGGAAAACAUGUAACGUGAAGAUCACAGACGUCAUCAAACCAGGAACGCGUAGAAUCAUUGCUGGACAAGGACUUCCUUUCCCUAAAAACCCCGACCAGAGAGGAGACCUGGUCGUGGAGUUUGACGUGAACUUUCCAGACAGUCUUCCAUCAAAUGCAAAGGAGGUGCUGAAACGGCACUUGCCUGCCUCUUAGAAACAUGGACUGAACAGAAUUUUGGUGCCAUGAUAGCAGGCCUCUCCCUAUACAUGGACAAUGGCAAUCUUACAGAUCCCAUCCAUCCAUCUAUCCAUUAUCUAACCCACUUACUCCUCGUCAGGGUUGCAGGCGUACAGAUCCCUCAGAAAGACUGUGCCAUUUAUAUUAAUGGAUAUAUUUUGCCGAUUUUUUUGUUUAUUAUAAAUUACCUUGCAUGCUGUAAAGUUAAUACAUUAUGUGUAAAAGUUUUUGUCUGAAAGCAAACUUCAUGUGACUUAUUUCUCAAAUCUACUGGUAAUUGGAGAAAAAGUCAUAUUCAGUCAAAAUGUAGUAACAAUCUGUAUGGUGCUGUUUAAAAAAAAAAAUUUGUUUAAGUUUUAUUUAUUUUUUAUUUGGUAAUUGGUCAAUGUAAUUAGUCCCCAUAACAAAGCACUUCAAAUUUGAAUUAUUGACCAAGAGAGACAUGUAAAACAAAUUCAAAUAUUAUGGAAACAAUCCUAGUAUGGAGCCAAAAGGCUUUCAAUGACAUUCUUAUUCUGCAAAAAUGUAAAGGUUUUUAAUUUGGCAUAUUAAGAGUUUAUGUGUUCAUUAAACUCCAGAUAAAUGGUUUAAACUGCAUACAUUUAAACAAAAACACUGAUUUAACUUUACAUUAAACCAUAAAUUUAAUUUUCUAUCCUACUCAUGAUAAAUAAAUGUUCAAAGAAUUUUCAGACCUGGUGGUGUAAGGGUAAGUUCUAGCAGAAUUAUAAUUCUAAUUUUCUGAUAGAGUUCAAUAUGUUUUUUUCCACAAUGGGACACCACUGCUGUCAUUGUGAAAUAACUAAUUUUCUAAGCCUAUUAUUUCAAAAGAAAAUAUAUUUUAACACACCCAUUGAACUGUCUCUGAAGUUUCCCAGAAGUUCAUCUUUAAGUUUUAGAAAAAAGUGUACACCUGCCUAAUGCAUAGUUUAGUUAUGAUGAUAUUUCAUUAUUAUGUUAUAGUGAAAGUGAUAAAAUAUUGAGAAUGUAAGGAACUUUUGUUAGUAAGAGUGGGUGCUUUUGAAUGUAUGUGUGUCAUCUAAAGCUGGAUGGAGGCUACUACACUCUAAUCUGCAGCAAUUUUACCGUUUGAUUAAAAAAGCUGCUCUCCUUUUACAAAA